UUGUGGAAGAUGAUAUGCCGGAAGGAAAGUUAUUGUGUCCGAAAUGUAAAGGUAGACUUGGAAGUUUUAAUUGGUUGGGAAGUUUUUGCAGCUGUGGAAGCAAGAUUGUUCCUGCGUUUCAACUUCAGCUGAGUCGUAUGGAUGUUAUCCAUGUGAAGGAUGAUGUGAAGAAUAAGAAAAUGAAUAAAAAGAAGAAUGAGAAGAAAAGUGUUACGGUCUAA